UUCGUUUAAAUGAAGUUUACUACCCUUUGAAUUUCUUGAACAUUAUGCUUCGAUUAUGUUCUAGUGCAUUCACAUUAAAUUCCAUUCCAUUGAUAGUAUCGUGAAAAAGGACUCGUAUAAAACACCUAGAUCAACUACGUAUGCUAAAGCAGGGCCGGGUAGCGGUGACCCAAAACAGAAAUGGGGUCAGACAAGAGCUUGUUCUUAUUUUGUUAUCCAGUUUACAAGUGGUCACACCCUGUGUUUGUCAACAAAAGUUCUAGGAAUUCACGACCGGGAGAGAAUGUCAACGACGACUAAUGGCACGUGUCAGGCACAGGCAUGUGGCCCAUUUGUUUAUGUAACAUUUGCAGGAUCAAGCAAGAGGCACGAAAAAAAAGUUUUAGAUUUAUGUCUUUUGUGCAAAGGAGCAGGGUUUACCGUUAGGUGCGACAGUUACAGGGUGUUACCAAAAAGUGACGAGUUCAAUGUUAACCAAUGGCGAGACAAAAACUUUCGUCGCGCUGCCUGUGUCUUAUUUUGCAUUUCUCCAGCUUAUAUUGGACUAAUUAAAAAUCUGGAGGAACCCCAAGCUGUCGCAGAAGAGAGUGACCAAUCUAAGGGAGCAGUGUAUAUUUAUAAUUUAGCCCGAGCCGAACUAGUUAACAGCUGCAGUUACAACAAACGAUUUUUCUGCGUUUUGUUUGCAAACCCAGGAGUGAAUCUAACAGUUCCUCCAUGUUUUAAAUCCUGUUUAAAAUUCAGGUUUCCUGGAGAAUCACAAACUCUGAUCAAAGCAAUGCAAGCCCGCCAUAGUCCUAAUCAAGAGCUGCAUUAAGUGAUAAUGCAAUUUUGUUAGUAAAACACAACAAGUGUAUGAAAUAUUCCUUUUUUGGUACAUUGUAUAUAUAAAUUAUAGAAAGGAGGUUCUGAAUGUUCUGUGAUGGACGGAUCGCUUUGGCAAUAAUGGUAAAUGGCAAUUUAGCAUGCUGAUGUUCAACCAUUUGAAAUGCUAAAAAUGAAUUGGGCUGGCCGAGUUCCCUGUAUAAUCUAUUAGAUUUUCAUAGAGUUCUUAAUGAUAUCUUGCACGAUUAAGUACAUGGUAUUGAGAAAUACAUUGCACCUUGCUGGAAAGUUCGCGUUCUAAAUAUAUAUCCUUGUCAUAUUUUUUCUCGGUCUAGUGAACUCCGCUGAACAUAUAACAACGACAGCAUUGUAGGCAGUGGUGAAAGAUCAAUAUAAUCAUAUCCAACGAAAUUACUUAUUCCAUUUAAAAAUUAUUUGUUCAUAUCAUAGACAUCAUUUGUAACAUGAAAUGGUAUCCCGUAAUUAUAUGUACAUUGGAUAAACCUGUAGCUGUAAUCAAACUAAACUUUAACAACUCCAGAUUUAUCUCCCUUGACAUGCGUCAAAACUAUACCUUUUGCCCGAUGUUUAAAUCAUACAUUCAAGAAGUUGUAUCACGUAUAUGUCAUUACGUUACAGUAUCAAUAAAUGUUCAUAUUUCCAAUA